AUGAAUGCCCGCAACACGAGCCUUAUUUCAUUACGACUACUGCCAUCAUCAUCAUCAACGUCGUGGCCAGAAGAGAGAGAAACGGGCUCUUUACAUUCAUCAUCAAAUCAUGUUCCAAUUUCAACAGAAUCAUUAACAGAAAAAUUUUUAAUGAAUUCCAAUUCAACCUCGGCAGUGAUGAUGGAGAAACAAUCAUCAUGGAAGAGUCCAACCACCACCAACGCGUGCUACAGUGAUGAUACAAGUGGUAAUUACAAUAAUUAUUUUCGUAAUUUAAAUGAAAUUCGGAAUGGCCAUACAUUGGGUGGAAGUAUUUCUGUUUUGAGUGGAAAUUACACGAAUUAUUCUUCUCAACAGAAUUGUCAUGAUGAAACACCAAGGAUUUAUGAGGAUGUUUGUGUUUGUUCUCCAUUAUCAUCAUCAACAACACCUAGCAAAUUCACAGAAUAUCCCAAUAAUGAUGAGGGCAUAUCCAAUUCAUCAUUUCAACAACAGAACCAUCAUGGAACUAUUCGCUCCAGUCUAUCAUCACCACCACCCUCUUCACACAACAAUAAUCAUUCCACUCCAACAGAGCUCAUUGUCUCGGCAGCAUCCGCAAAUUCUACUUCAUCACCAACAUCUCAAGUGUUUUAUUGGACACUCUCCAAGAACUUACUUGCUGGAGCAAUGGCCCGGUGUGGAGCUGCCGUGAUAAUGUUUCCCAUUGAUGUUGUUAAAACUAGAUUGCAAUUUCAAAGAAAAGAUGCAUUCAGACAAGGUAAACUUCGGCAUCACUACAAACAUGGUGUAGAUGCAUUCUUAACAAUUUUAAAGGAAGAAGGAGUUAGAGGUCUCUAUAAAGGACUGUCUGUUCGGUUAAUUUACAUCACACCAGCAGCUGCUGUGAGCUUUACAGUAUACGAACAAUUUAUGCAAUCGAUUCAAAACAAAGUGCCCAUAUUGAAAGGAGGGGCAAGCACUUUAAACGAUAAUAAUGGCAAUUCAAACGGCAACAAUUUUUCAUGGAAGACUCCAAUUUUGACAUUAUCAGCAGGAGCUUUGGCUAGAGUUUUAGGAACAGCAUGUCGAACGCCAUUCGAUAUUUUGAAGCAACAAUUACAAGUGGAAGGACAAUUGAAAUCACAAAUUGCAGAGAAAAGAGGAAUUAUUGGCACACUGAAAACGAUUGCAAAACAAGAUGGUAUUUCUGGAUUCUUUUCAGGCUAUGCAGUGACACUAUUGAGAGACGCUCCUUUUGCAGCCAUUUAUUUCACCUCUUAUGAAAUGAUUAAGCGAUUAUUACGAAGGGGGGAAUUGAACAACGCCUCUCAAAUAGAUCCACAUACAGGCAAAAGGAAAGCUGGAAAAUCCAUUCAUCACUUAUUUGCAGGUGCACUCGCAGGUGCCAUCGGUACAACUUGCACCAUUCCAGUAGACGUUGUGAAAACUAGACUCCAAACACAAACCAAGACAGGAAAGAAGGAAUACGAUGGAAUUGCAGAUGCAUUCCGAAAGAUUUACAAGGAAGAAGGUUGGAAAGGUUUCACAAGAGGUCUCGGUCCUCGAUUGAUUUACAUCAUGCCUGCUUCUGCAUUGACCUUUACACUUUAUGAAAAGUUGAAGGUUUUCUUUGAUAUUAAUGAAACUAAAAAAGCGGAAACAACCACUACUUCACCAUAG